UGAACGGCCUCUUAUCAGCUCAUUCUCUUUGUUUAAAACAGCCAUAUGACUUCCAAGUGACUCGUUUUAGAGUCUUGUUUGCUUUUAAAUAUAUAUGACCAGAAACUACAUGAUUGUGAGAUCGGACCACUGCACUAGAUGGUUGGAAUCAAUGCAGACAGAAGGAGCCUUGAUUUGCCUCAUAUUUGCCUGUCAUGGAGCUGUCAAACUCUGGACAUUGGUGGACCGUCCCUGACAGCUUGAAUUCAGUGGGCAAUUUCUGCAGACCUCAGGACUGACCCCAAAGCUUGCCAGACGGAGGAAAAAUGCAGUCUGAUGAGGGUACGGAGUGGCUUGUAGAGCUGCUGACAGACGUGCAGCUCCAGCAGUACUUUCUGCGUAUCCGUGAUGACCUCAAUGUCACACGCCUCUCACACUUCGACUACGUCAAAAAUGAGGACCUUGAGAAAAUUGGAAUGGGCCGUCCAGGUCAGAGGCGGCUGUGGGAGGCAGUGAAAAGGAGAAGGGCCAUGUGUAAACGCAAGUCAUGGAUGAGCAAGUCUUUGUGCUUGGGCCAGCAGGUGUUCACUGGGAAGCGGCCUGACUCAGAUUCCCAGACCCCAGUGGCAUUCCGCAGUGCAUCCCCCUCAUCGACCCAGCCAGACGGCCAGCCAGCAGAUCUCACUUGCCUUAUCAGCGACAGAGACCUCACCCUGUUCGAGAAACUGGGAGAUGGCUCCUUCGGAGUGGUGAAACGUGGAGAAUGGCAGGCUCCCUCAGGAAGAGUGCUCAAUGUGGCUGUGAAGUGCCUGAAGUCAGAUCUGUUGGAGCAAGGUGAAGGUCUGGAUGACUUCAUAAGGGAAGUGAACGCCAUGCACUCCCUGGACCACCAGAAUCUCAUUCGUCUGUAUGGUGUGGUCCUCACACACCCCAUGAAAAUGGUGACAGAGCUUGCCCCAUUGGGUGCUCUGUUGGACCGCCUGAGGAAGCGGCAGGGUCAUAUUUUGAUAUCAGUGCUGUGCCACUACGCGUUUCAGAUCGCCUGUGGCAUGGCUUACCUCGAAUCCAGACGAUUCAUCCACAGAGAUCUGGCAGCACGCAACAUCCUCUUAGCCUCCAAUGACCUUAUCAAGAUCGGUGACUUUGGCCUUAUGAGGGCCCUGCCUAAGAACGAUGAUCAUUAUGUAAUGCAGGAGCACCACAAAGUCCCUUUUGCCUGGUGCGCUCCCGAGAGCUUGAAGACACGUACCUUCUCUCAUGCCAGUGAUACUUGGAUGUUUGGAGUAACAUUGUGGGAAAUGUUCACUCACGGGCAGGAACCAUGGGUUGGGCUCAAUGGCAGCCAGAUUCUCCAUAAGAUCGAUAGGGAGGGAGAGAGGCUUAUCAAACCAGAGGACUGUCCACAGGACAUUUAUAAUGUUGUGCUGCAGUGCUGGUCACCUAAACCUGAGGACAGACCCACAUUUGUGUCCCUCAGGGACUUCCUAGUGGAGACAAUGCCCACAGACAUGAGGGCACUGCAGGACUUUGACGAGCCAGACAAACUUAAAAUUCAUACUAAUGACAUCAUCACCAUCAUAGAGGGCAGAGCAGAGAACUACUGGUGGAGGGGUCAGAACAGACAGACUCUGAAGGUGGGACAGUUCCCUAGGAAUGUGGUGACCUCUGUUGCUGGCUUGUCUGCUCACGACAUCAGCCGACCCCUUAAACACAGUUUCAUCCACACAGGCCAUGGGGACACAGACCCACACCGUAGCUGGGGCACACCUGACAAGAUCGAUGAUUUGUACCUUGGAAAUCCCAUGGAUCCCCCAGAUGUUCUUGGGCUGGACUCAAGUGCUGCGAAGCCCACUAAAUUACCAAACCGGGCAAAAAAACAACCUCCUCCUAGGCCUCCUAAGCCAGCAGUUCUUCUUAAAAAACCAUUCUACGAUUCUGUGCUUGACGAUGAUCUAAUAGUCACUGGUGUGAAGACGUUUUCUCUUAAGACACCUACAUACCUGGGUUUGCGCCUCCGCCCUUGGGAAAGCACCAGCCCGAGCGACCGCCUUAGCGAAGUCUCCCUCAUUGACUUUGGAGACGACAGUUUCAGCUCUGCUUCACCAUCCCCCAUUACAGAGACACCCAAUCCCAGCAUGCCGAAACCGCCCUUGUCCUCCACCACAUCCCUCCUGGACAUGGUGCCACCACAGAGCCCCAAUCGUGCUCUGCCCAACCCCAUGCACCCUACUCCAGUACUGGAUUGGGACAUACGGCCCCUGCCUCCUCUUCCGACUUACGACGAGGUGGCUGUUGAAUGUGUGGAGCAGGAGGACAUAGAGGUGAGCUCCAUUAACGCAUCAACGGUGCAGGAAGACACUGGAUCUGAACAAACACAGCCAUCAGAAGAAGAAACCAAAACCGAUGGUAAGCACAGCAUAGAGGACAAUCUCUUUCUACCAUCCAAACAAUCUGAGGAGAGCCACUCAUUUUCACAAUCUACAGACAUCUUCAAAGAUCUACAGAGGGAGGUUAUGGUGAAGCUUCGAGUCCCUCCAACAGGACGUUCCCUCCCCUCUUCACCCAUUCCUUCAGCCCUUACCCCACACCGCCAGAUAAUCCUGCCCUCCUCCUAUGAGGACAAGCCUCAGAUACCCCCCAGAAUCCCCAUUCCACCCAUGCGGCCCUCAAGGCGUGCAGGAAUAUACAAUAGCAGACUGUCCCUUGGAGACCGUGAAGAUGACAGCUGUUGUCCACCUCAGAUACCCCCAAGGGAUCAUGCGUUAUCUCAGCCCAGCUCCCGGGCCCCGAGUCCCAUGGUACCGCAGGGAGGCUCCCCUCAACAAAGAUCUAAUCUCUGCUGCGUUGGGUCUUUGGGAUCCUGCCUCUCGCCAUCAUCAUAUUCUUCUGCACCAUCCAGCUCCUCCACGACCUCCUCCAUGACCACUUCCACAUCCACCACCAUCAGUUUGAAGAGUAGUUCUCCGUAUGGCUCUACUGAAGUGGGGCAGACCCAGUCCAAGAGUCCCUGCAUCUUGCCUAUCGUGUAUGGUGGUGUAAAGGCCAGCAGUACUCAUUAUUACCUGCUACCAGAGAAACCUGCCUACUUGGACAGGUAUGACAGGUUCUUGAAUGACAAGGAGGGAAAUGAUGAGAAAAGAACUACAAAUAUGGCCACUGUGAGGCCUAUGGUUCAACAGCAAGUCAACAAGCCCAGCGUUUCCCCCGGGCACACCAGUAACAGUGGGAGCUCCUAUAGUCUGGCUUGGCCGAACAGCACCUCGCAGGCUGAGACAGCUACGCAAUCCAGUCUGUACAACCGAGAAACAGUACAACAAGUGCAGGAGGCAGUACAUGGAGUGACUGUAGAGGAGUGUCAAACAGCCCUUCAGACUCACAGCUGGAACAUUCAGGGGGCCAUAAAAUACCUAAAGGUGGAGCAGUUGUUCCGACUGGGUCUGAAGGCUCGGCCCGAAUGUCUUGAAGUUCUGGAGAGAUGUUGCUGGAAUCUGGAGCAGGCCAGUACCCAAAUGUUAGACUCCUAUGGUUCAUCUAGACCUAGGUUCUAACAGCUGAAGGCGUGAACCAAGAUGUUCUCCAUUCCAUUGCAGUCAAUGAGAUUUAAGUGUCAACUGCAGCCCACUGAUUCUGGACCAGUCAUAGGUAGUUGCAGGUCAUUUGAAUUUUCAUUGCUUUACUGUUUAUAAUUAAUGCAAGACAAAUCAUGCAAAACUCACCUGUACUUGAAUUUCAAUAGUGCAAUGUAAAACAAUAGUGCACAGAAAACUAAGGAACAGUGUACAUCAGAUUUUGUUUUAUAUGUCCUGCUGAUUAUUUAUUAAGUUUUUUCAUUUAAUAAUUAGAUAAAUGUCUGUUUUUAUUGAGGUGACUUUACAAUACACUCUAGUUUGAAUUUACAUUCAGUCUGUGAAAUGUUUCAGAAUAUUUUAUUCAGGAGUGUAAGAAUGAUCUCAAGUGUUGUGGAGGUACAAUAUAAAACUUGUCUGUUUUUGUCAUGAAUAUUAAUUAUGUUAUAUGAUGUUUGCCUAACUGCUUUGCUGAAAGGUAGACAUUGGUAAGUAGGUACUAGUCAUUGUAGGAUAUGCCAAACUGGUGCAUACCAAUCCCUAACCCUGGCAUGAGAAAUGGUAAGGGAGGGGGAGGAGGGGCUUAAAAAUCUUAAAGUGGUGGUACAUGUCCCUCCAGUGUUAUAGUGGUUGCUAUGCCCAUGACUGUACUGGCACGAGAAACAUUUGAUUUGAUUAAUUUUAUAGACCCUUAUUCUCUUGUCCUCCUAUUAACUUGUUGCAUGCAACUCACAGACUUUGUUGUCGCUAAUUUAACAAAAGCUAGAUUGUAUUUAUCCUUAGUGGUCUUUUGAGUGGUGUUAGAAUAAAUAUAUUUUUUAAUGUGCCACGUAUUUAUUAGGCAACAAUUAAUUUCGUUCUUAGUUUUGUUGGUCCUCUUCAUUCUCAUGUGGUUGAUCACAGGACCACCAAAGACAUCAGUCACGUUUUGUAAUUCGAUUUGUUUGGUGGUUGUGGUUUACACUGUUGCUGCUUAGGCUACCAUUUUGAAUGAAGAACAUGGGGUUUACCUAAUAAGUGAACACUGGACUCACUGAAUACUCCAAACUCCAUUACGCGCUUCGCGGUUUGCUCAGGUUCAUAUCAAAGGAAAUGCAAUUAGUAUUUGUGUGAAAAGUAGAUAGUUUGUUACAUAAAUUUGAUAAAUGACUAGAAAUGAAUUACAGCUUUUUGUGUUCUUCAAUCUUCUCUAAGUUCAAAGUUUGCUACUCUUUGUCAAUUAUAGUUCUCUAAUAUACUGUAUGUCACAAACUUUGAAUCAAUCACACGCAGACAUCUGGCUCAGCACUUUAAGACUUCUGCUCUGUGUUUGUGUGCUUAGUCAUUUUAUGUGCUUCUUUGUUUAGCUGCUCAGUAUUACAGUUGUUCUUUCUGGUUUUGUGUAUAUUUAUGCAAAUUUAGUUGCAAUACAUUUUUUGAAUUAUAGCCUGUGUCAGUGCUCACGUCAUGUAGGUUGCAUUCUACUCUUUCUGAAGUGGUUGGCAGAAUAAUAAUUAAUAUUAUUAUUAUAAUUAUUGAAAAAGCUUUAUAAAUGUGUAUUGUAUAAUUAUUUAUCUGUAUUUUUGUAA